ACUUGUGAUUUUUUUCUAAACGAGCAAUGGCGAGUCGGCCGGAAAAGGAAUUCGAAGAUUCUUCGGAAGAGGAAAACAAGGCAUAUAUGAAACUCUUGUUCAGCAAAAUGAUGAAGAGAAUCACCGGGGCGGACUUGGAGGAGGAUGCAUCAUCAUCGGAGGAAGCAUCAUUGGAGGAGGCAUCAUUGGAGGAGACACCAUUGGAGGAGGCACCAUUGGAGGAGGCACUAUUGGAGGAGGCACCAUUGGAGGAGGCACCAAUGGAGGAGGCACCAUUGGAGGAGGCACCAUUGGAGGAGGCACCAUCCACAAGCCACAGGCGUAAGAAGAAGAAGCGCCUAAGGAAGUAUUCUUCGGAGGACGCAGAAGAGGAGGAGGAAGGGUCCUCCACAAGCCGCAAGCGCAAGCGCAAGAAGAAGCGCCGCAAGAAGUCCAAGUCUUCUGACAGGGCCCCAAUGCCCGUAGAAGAUCCUGAGAUGGAUUAUUUAUUGCGAGCAGACAGCUCCUCUGAACUCCUUUCGCCCUGUGCCCCGGUCGUAGAACCGUCGGCCGAAAAGGAUAAAUUUGAUUCGAAUGGUGUGGUGGAGCCGUUGGAAGCGGAGUAUCCUGGGAGCUCUGUGGCUAGUCAGGAGAAGUCAGAAACUCCAAUGGAAUGCGUGAUGUCCUAGGCAUCUUCCUCUAAAGUAGGCGAAGGUCCUACCAACUCAAGCCCCUAAUCAAUUACAAAUCGAAGUAGAGAAGACCU